AUGGCGAUUGAAGGGAAUGAACAAGAACUGAACUUCUUCCCUCCUUCGACGACCGAGGGUUCCUGUGUAGUUAAACCUCCUCGAUUUGUGUUUGAGGAGGGUAUUUUGGAGUGGAGAAACGCCCUGGUUGGCCAAUUCAUCGGUUCAGCGCCGAGCUUCACUUCUCUUCAGAAGACUGUGGGUCUGCUAUGGGGAAAACAAUCUCCGGUGAAAGUAAGUUUAGCUGGACCAAAUCUUUUUGUCUUCUCAUUUGUUAGUUCUUUGGCUAGGGACUGGGUUUUAGAGAACGGUUCAUGGCAUGUUCAACAUAAAUCAAUUUGUCUUAGGAAGUGGGAACCUAAUUUGAAGGAAUUGAGCUUUGAUUUACAUUGUAUGCCUGUUUGGAUCCAUCUGUAUAACGUGCAAUUGGAGUUAUUUUCGAAGAAAGGGCUAAGCUAUGUAGCUAGUGCAAUUGGGAAACCACUCCACAUAGAUUCGAUCACGGCUAGCAUAGAGAGAUUGGAAUAUGCACGAGUUUGUGUUGAAAUCUCGGCUGGUUCGCAGAUCCCAGAUUUUAUAAAUGUGAUGUUAUGUGAUGAUUCAAUAGCUAAGGUUAGAGUCUCUGUGCAUUGGAUGGCUAACUAUUGUGCAGACUGUCAUCGAUUUGGUCAUUUGGCAAAGUUCUGCACUCAAGGGAAGAAAGUUGAACAGGUUUGGAGGGUAAAGGACUCAUCUCAGGGUGUUGAAUCUACCUCUGUGGUGAGUUCUAAGGGAGGUAGUUUGGCUGCUCCAGUUUGCUUGAAUCUUCUCUCAGUCAAUGGACCACCUGAUUUCUCUAGUAUUAAGACAGACCCGAUUGGAAAUUCUACUAAUCUGACUUCUGCUGCUGAUGCUAUUUUAGAGGUUGAUGGGGCUCUUACUACUUUAGCUCCUAAUGAUGAGGCACUAGCUGAUCAAAGUUCAAAGCAGAUUGAGCAUCAUGCUCUAGUCAUUGACCCUCAUGUGAAGAGAGGUAGAGGCAGGCCUGCCAAAGAUAAAGCUGGGGGUGGAGGGUCCAAGAAUAAAUUUGAUGUUCUUAGUUCGAUUGACCCUAACAGUUUGGUUGGCGUCCCUCUUGUUGACUCUGGUAAGAAGCAGAGAGGGGCUGCUUUGGGACUUGCAAAAGUUGUGCAAGAUAUGAAGCUUAAAAAGAAGGACCAGUUGGAGAAGGAAAAUCUGGACUGCUCUAUUUGUUCCAUCUUUGAGCAAUGCAUUACUCUCAAAGGAAGUUACAAUGAUAAGCCUUUUUUCAUUUCUGCGGUUUAUGGCUCUAACAAUGGUGUUGCUCGCAGGCAUCUUUGGGCUCAGCUUGUCAGUAUGGACAGAUUGGUGGGAAAUGUAGCCUGGCUGAUUGGGGGCGAUUUCAAUGUUGUCUUAAAGGACGAAGAAAGCUCUAACCCUAUUAGUUUGUAUGCCAAUAGUGAUGUAGCUGAGUUUCAAAUGUGUGUUGAGGACAUUGGGGUUUUUGAUCAUCUUUUCAUAGGCCCUCUGUUCACGUGGUCCAAUAAGCAGCAGGGCUCUUUCCUUGCUCGCAAACUUGAUCGUGUCCUUGUUAAUCAUAGCUGGGCCGAGACAUUUCCAUCAUCUGAGGUGGAAUUUCAAGCUCCUGGGGAGUCAGACCAUUGUCCUGCUUUUGUCUGGUUGCAUAAUGAAGCUGCUAUCGCUAUGCCAAAGCCCUUUAAGUUAUUUAACUUCUGGGUUAUGCACCCUAGUUUUUUGUCCAUUGUUAGGGAUUCGUGGCAGGCCCCAGCUACUAGAAAUCCAACCCAGCUUGCAAAUCUAGAUGCUACUAUUGUUGGCAAUCUCGUUAUAGAUGAGCUGAAGAUUGAGGAGGAGUUGAAAGCCUUUAAGCAGAUGGAGCUUCUCUUCUACAAACAGAAAGCAAAGGCAGACUGGAUUAGAGAGGGGGACCAAAGUACUCAAUUUUUCUACUCCAUGGUUGCUAGCAAAAGGAUGAACAACACCAUUAGGGUCUUUUAUAGCCAAUAUGGUGUUAGACUCAACUCCUUUGAGGAUAUGUCCAGAGAGGCUAUAAAUUUCUUUCGAAAAGAGUUGCUUGGCUAUUCUCUACCUGAGGGUGCUGCCGAGGCAUUAACUAGAGAGGUCUCUGAUGUGGAGAUCAAGGAUGCUAUUUGGGGUCAAUGCAAUAAUAAAUCCCCUGGCCCUGACGGUUAUAACUCGUUCUUAUUCAAAAAAACCUGGCAUAUUGUUGGAAAUGAUUUCUUGGCAGCUAUCAGGUAUUUCUUCACUUCCUCUUUCAUGCUCCCUUCCUUCAAUGCCACAGUUGUUGUGCUUGUUCCUAAAGUCCCUAAUCCGAGUCUGGUUAAGGACUAUAGGCCUAUAUCUUGCUGUUCUGUCAUUUAUAAGACUGCAACUAGAAUCUUAGUGAAUCGGUUGUCUGCUGUUUUUCCUAGUAUGAUUGCAUUGAAUCAAUCUGCCUUUGUGAAAGGAAGAAGCAUAAUUGAUAAUACAUUACUUGUGCAAGAACUUGUUAGGGGUUACUCUAGAAAGAAAGCUUCUCCGAGAUGUGCUCUUAAGAUUGAUCUACAAAAGGCUUUCGACUCUUUAAGCUGGGAUUUUGUGAAAGUUGUUUUGCAUGCACUUGGUUUACCCGAGAAGUUCAUUGGCUACUUCAAAGGUGCUCGGGGUGUCCGAAAGGGUGAUCCCCUUUCACCCUACGUUUUUGUCUUAGCUAUGAAUGUAUUAUCUAGCCUCCUUAAUUUAGCUGCUGAGAAGAGAGUGUUCAACUUCCAUCCUAAAUGCAGGAAAGUCGGCCUCACUCACCUUUGCUUCGCAGAUGAUUUGCUUAUAUUCUGUAAAGGUUCUCUUGAGUCUGUAAUUGGUGUUCACGUUGUUCUAGAGCUUUUCUAUUCCAUACCAAUCGUUGCCAUUCAGGAUUUGACAGGAUUUAAGCUGGGCAGCCUCCCAGUUCGUUAUCUGGGUGUUCCAUUGGUUACCAGGAAGCUCUCAGUGAAAGAAUGUCGUAGUUUAAUCGACAAGAUUCGGGCAAAGUUGAACUCGUGGGCCAACAAACACCUUAUCUUUACUGGGAGAAUCCAACUUAUCAGAGCUGUUCUUUUCAGCAUGGCAAGUUUCUGGUGUAGGCAGCUCAUUCUGCCCAAGAAGGUUAUUCUUUCCAUCGAGCAAUUAUGCUCCAGAUUCUUCUGGAAAGGAUCCAACGUGCCUGCUAAAGGCGUUCGUGUCAGUUGGAAGAAGAUCUGUGCUGCCAAAGCUGAAGGAGGAUUGGGGGUUCAAGCUAUGGGGGAAUGGAAUAAAGCUCGCGCCGUUUUUCUUAUCAAGAAACUUUUGGCUAAUAAGGGCUCUCUUUGGGUGGCCUGGAUACAUGCCUAUGUGAUUGGGAGUGCAGAUUUCUGGCAGAUGAGCAUUCCCACAAAUGUUAGUUGGUCGUUCAGAUAUAUAUUGAGAGUAAGACCAAGUGUUCUUCACCUCUUUACUGGCCCGAUUCACAAUCUGAGUGUAAGAAGCAUUCGUGAUAACUUGCGUAUCAUCUUUCCCAAAGUUUCUUGGCAGCAUCUAGUGUGGUUUCCUGGGCGUAUUCCUAAACACAUCAUCAUUGUGUGGAUGGCCAUUCUUGAUCGUCUCCCUACUCGGAGACCAUCUGUUCUUUGGCUGCAAUUUUGCAAAGGACCUAUGGGGGCAAUACUCGCUUUAUGUGGUGUGUAUCGAGGGGCUUGUAGCUGGGAAGGUGAAUUAGCUUGGGCGACCUAUUGUUUCAAGGGCAAGUCUCUCAUUGCGAGAGUGUUCCGACUUGCUUGGGCGGGUCAUGUUUAUAGCAUUUGGAAGGAAAGGAAUUGCAGGCUCUAUGGAGGUAGUGCUCGAUCAGUGGAUGCGCUGCUGCAGGAUAUCAAAGCUGUUAUUCAGAUUCGGUUGGAGAGAAGUACCAUUUGUAGAUCUGACGAGUGUAAUGCUGCUCUUUGUGCUCGUUGGGAUAUUGCUUAG